ACACAGACGAAGUCAAAGAAACCGGAACCGAAAUAGUUACUGUUGUUUUUGUUUCUCUGUUGGAUUUUGACUCGUUUCUUCUGUUUUUGUUUUGCUUUUUGAGUCUGAAAAUGUAAACCGGUUGGUUCUGGAACGAACCGGAAGCCCAUCCCGGUGUGAACCCACCGGCUGCAGGUGGAGGUGAACGGAUCGGAACCGCUGAGCAUCAUCCCGUCUGCGGAUUGAGGUUCGGUUGGUCACAAUGCCUCUCAGUCCGGCUAACCAGGCCCAGCUGAUCCGGUCCAGUCAGAAGGAUGAAUAUUACCGAACCGUGCUGAGGAACAAGUCCAACGAAGCGUUUCAGACUCUUGCAGGAUCUAAGCGAUGGCUGGACUGGAGGAGGGAGCUGGAGCUGCUAUCUGACAUCGUUUACUUUGGUCUAACAACCCUCUCAGGUUAUCAGACUCUGGGUGAGGAGUACGUUCACAUCAUCCAGGUGGAGCCGACCAGACGCCGGAUCCCGUCCCAGACCAGACGAGGUCUCUUCGUCCUCCUCCACACCUUCCUCCCCUACCUCCUCGACAAAGUCCUGGUGUGCCUGGAGAAUGAGCUGGGAGGCGAGCAGGAGCACCGCAGGGCCAUCGGCCGGCAUCAUGCGGCAUCCGGGGGGUGGAGCCUGGAGGGGUGGCUCAGGAGGGGGGUGCAGAAGGCGGUGGGCAUGCUGACUGAGCCUCAGAAGAGGGCGUGGCAGCCGGCGGUGUUUGUGAUCCAGCAGAGCGUGGGCCUGCUGCACCGCCUCCAUGUAGCGCUCUUCUACAUCAGCAGCUCGUUUUAUCAGCUGUCAAAGCGGGCGGCCGGGAUCCGAUAUCUGCGUGUGAUGGGGCCGGGUGGCACAGACGCCUCCAUCCGGAGCAGCUACAGACUGCUGGGUACCGUCUCCCUCCUCCAGCUGCUCGUCUCCGUCUGCCUGCAGCUCCAGAACUUCAGGCGGAGGCAGAGAGCUCGACAGGAGUGGAAGCUCCACAGGAAGCUCAGCCCUCAGCGCACACCGAGCUCCAACCCACGAGCUGCUCGCUGCAUCUUGUGCCUGGAGGCGAGGAGGAACUCUACCUCCACCCCCUGUGGACAUCUCUUCUGCUGGGAAUGCAUCACAGAGUGGUGCAACACCAAGGCCGAGUGUCCUCUUUGUCGGGAGAAGUUCCCCCCCCACCGACUGGUUUUCUUAAGGAACUACAGCUGAAUGAGCCGGACCGGAACCGACCCGUCCGGUUCUCCAGGACCUUCCUGAUGCGGUUUACCGUCUCCCUACCAGGAGAGGAAAUCUGUUGAUUGUAUCAGUCAAACAUGCGGAGCUGCUGAAGCACCACCAGUGACCCUCCAGGGCUCCCGUAGUCAAUAUUAGUCUAAUUAAUAUUUAAUGAAACAUUAAUUAAAGUUUUAUGUUAACGUUGCUGAACUGAUUAAAAACUUGACUUCCUGUUUUUUCUGCUGCAAAAUAAAAGCUCUACGUGUUUA